AUGGAAGGCGAAGUGAAGGCCGACACCAGAGAGAACCAAGAUGGAGCAACAGCCAUAAAGCAGGGGGAGCAUGCAAGCAGUGUUGAGAGUCCUGUGGAGAAGGAAAGGACAACAGAGGGUGAGGUGGAGAAAGAAAGGACAACAGAGGGUGAGGUGGAGAAAGAAAGGACAACAGAGGGUGAGGUGGAGAAAGAAAGGACAACAGAGGGUGAGGUGGAGAAGGAAAGGACAACAGAGGGCGAGGUGGAGAAGGAAAGGACAACAGAGGGGGAGGUGGAGAAGGAAAGGACAACAGAGGGCGAGGUGGAGAAGGAAAGGACAACAGAGGGCGAGGUGGAGAAGGAAAGGACAACAGAGGGGGAGGUGGAGAAGGAAAGGACAACAGAGGGGGAGGUGGAGAAGGAAAGGACAACAGAGGGUGAGGUGGAGAAGGAAAGGACAACAGAGGGCGAGGUGGAGAAGGAAAGGACAACAGAGGGCGAGGUGGAGAAGGAAAGGACAACAGAAGGUGAGGUGGAGAAGGAAAGGACAACAGAGGGUGAGGUGGAGCAGGCGAGGACCUCUGAGAGCCCAGGCUGCGUGCUGAGCCCCCUCCUGUAUUGUCUCUACACCCACGACUCCAGCCGAGGCCACAAGAAGAACAUCAUCGUCAAAUUUGCUGACGACACCACCGUGGUUGGACGGACUGUAGGCUGA